AAAAACCGGAAGUAACCAGUUUUCUCGUAUUUUGUAAACAUGCUUGAUGUCCGAAGUGUCAAUGAAAAUUAUUAGACCAAAAUGACAUAGUAUAUAAAAUCAAAACAAAAAGAAAUUGUAUAAACGAUGGCGUCCAAACAAAGGAGGAUAGCAUUGAUGGGCUUCAGAUCUGUGGGAAAGUCCAGUUUGACCAUUCAGUUUGUUGAGAACCAGUUUGUUGAUUCCUACGAUCCAACCAUUGAAAACACUUUCCACAAAACAUUUAAAAUCAACGGCCAGGAAUAUGCCCUUCAACUUGUCGACACCGCUGGUCAGGAUGAAUACUCCAUCUUGCCCCAGUCCUACUUCAUCAACAUUGAUGGAUACAUUCUCGUUUACUCGGUUAAUUCCAAAAAAAGUUUCGAGGUGAUACAGUUUGUCUACGACAAGCUGCUGGACAUGAAAGGCAACAUAGGCACCAUACCGGUGAUCCUAGUAGGCAACAAGAGUGAUCUGAACAUGGACAGGGAAGUUUCUACAGAGGCAGGAAAGCGGGUGGCUGAGAAAUGGAAGAUCCCGUUUUUAGAGGCAUCGGCAAAGGAUAAUCAUAGUUCUCAGCGUGUGUUUGAGCAGAUAGUGACCACCAUCGAGCGAGCGUCUGGCAAUGUUCCGGAGAAGAGUGGCUGUAUACUGUCGUAGAAACUAGCAUCAGUCCAUGUGACAUAGUCAGCAGUGUAAAUACUAGUAAUAUGUGGUGUGUCAGUGUGUUUUUUUGGUUCAAUUUUGUGUCCUGUAGAGGGACCCAAUUCCCAAUCGAAAAAAGUGUAUAUAAUUUUUCUAAAUGGGACCUAAAAAUUCCCAAUAAAAAGAUUUUUUUUUAUCAACAUUAAGGUAAUCUCCCAUCCCGCUCUAUAAGUUACACUUUAUUAACUUAAAUAUUUAAAACACCCUAAGUCUCUACAAGUUACACUUUAUUAAAUUAAAUAUUUAAAACACUGUAAUUCUCAUGUUUGAAUCAUUUGUUAGCAAAAGAACAACACUAAUUUACCAAAACCAAUUUUGGUCAAAACGCCGUGAUUUUCUCAAUCCAAAGGGACCCGGCCCGAUUCCCAGAAUGGUGAAAAAACAGUGUGUAUCCACGGUCAAUACUAAAAAAUAGGUCUUAUUCAGCAUCCACUUACUUUACCCUACAGUAUGGACAAUUUUUGUUGAAGCUAUAUAUAUCUGUCAAUACUAGUACAUGCAAACAAUCGUGUUGUUUAUUAAAAAGUUCAUUGAUUUAAUAUCGCCCUAACUGGGGAUACAAAAAAACAAUUUUAAUGUUUAUUAAAAUGUUCAUUUAUUUAAUAUCGCCCUAACUGGAGAUACAAAAACAAUUUAAAUGUUUAUUAAAAUGUUCAUUUAUUUAAUAUCGCCCUAACUGGGGAUACAAAAAACAAUUUAAAUGUUUAUUAAAAGGUUCAUUUAUUUAAUAUCGCCCUAACUGGGGAUACAAAUAACAAUUAAUUAUGUCUCAGUGUGUACAAUGUUUAUGGUUUUUGUUUGGUUUUAAAUUGUGCAUAUAACUGGUCAUAAUUAUUGUUGUUUUUUGUAGCUGAAUAUGUUUUACAUGUGUCUUCUAAUGAUAUACAAUUAUUAUGCAUUUAAUGUAUAAAUACGUCACAUUUUCAUUUGAUUUUUGUGUGUUCAUGAAUAUGGUUUUAAUUCACAAUUUUUCUAAUUGCUAAUAUGAUUGGUCUCUUGUUUACGCACUGCUAAUAAAUAUUUAAUGGGAAUUAUAAAUUUUUCUUAUAUUUGCAGAGUUAUAAAUUGAAGCAUCAUAUAAAAAUUAUUUAAAUAAUAAAUAAGCUUCACCAAGAAAAAUAUGCUAAUGCACACAUUCAAACAAUAAUUGGAUUUUGAGUAAUUUUGUUCCUCAUUGUUGUAGUUAUUUUAAUUACGGUAAUUGAAUAUUGAAAUAUAUCAUUUAAAUAUAAUUUUAAGCAAGUCAUGCUUUCCUAAUUUUUUUUUCAAAAUUGAUUAAAGGUUGAUGAAUAAAAAACUGGAAUAAAAUAUCAGAAUAAGUGGUGCCAGAACAUCUAUGAAAUUAAGCGAUUUAUCCAAUUACAAUAAUUGUCAGUUGAAAAUUAAUUCACAUACUUAAAUACGUAUCUGGGGGCCGUUUCAUCAAACCUCGUACGACAAAUAAGAAUAUGAUACGAAUUUCAAAGACACAAUUGUACAAAACACGGCAUAAUAAUAACACCAUUGUGUACUGUGUAGUCUUUUUUAUACAUUCUAUUGUUUUCUCAACCAUGGUUUAUAUUGUAAGUGCAUAUCGAUUAGCAGCUUUAAUAUUAUGAGCUUUUAAAAUUUAGUCCUAAAUUAAGAUUGCCAUAUGAUCUUUGAUGAAAGGGGCCCCUGAGUGGUAAAUGGUUAAAUACUUUAAUAUCUAAGUGGUACAGGGUUAAGCAUGUACACUUGUGGGAUAUCCCUUCUAUGCUUUGCAGAUUUGUUCAUGCAACAAAAAGGCACAAGUUUUUAAUCUGCAACAAAUGCAACUAAACAUGUUGGUUACAUGUAGCAACUUAAAUUUGAUGGUUAUGAAUCUCUUAAAAGUAAUAUAAAUUUGAUUAAUUGUGCCAUUAUCGAAAAACAAAUAUGUUACACUUCAACAUACCUUGUUCAUAUUUUCUAUUGUGUACAGAUUGAAGACACACAUUUUUGAUAUAAAAAUCAAAUAUAUAAACUUAAGAAGCACGAUAUUUUUGAAUGUUUUGUAAAGUUUGAUAAAUUAAAAAAAACAUUUUUUAUUUUUAUUUUUGUUAUUUCCAUGUAACUUAUAAAUGAAACUCUGACAUAUUAUUAUUUUACCAUAAUAGUGUAUGUUUUUUGAAGAUGUAAUUCAUUUUGUUAUUUAAAUGUGGGCUUUCAGGCCCUCAUUGGUCUGUUUACAAAUGUUACAUCAAUACACAAGAAGGUUUGGAUGUAUAAAUGAUAUGGUAGAAGCACCACCUAUACGAUAGAAUGCAUGUAAAAGUGUUAUUGAUAUGAGCCGCUCUGUAUGAAAAACGGGGUUUAAUGUAUAUGGGUAAAGUGUCGUCCCAGAAUAGCCUGUGCAGUCCUAAUCAAGGACGACACUGUCCGCCCAAACUGGAUUUUUUCUGAGGAGAGACUUUCUUUAAACAGAAAAUAGCAUGAAUGUGGAAAGUGUCGUCCCAUAUAAGCCUCUGCACUUUACGCACAUGCAUUAAACCCCCUUUUCACAGAGCAUGUGCCAUAUUAAUAUAAAUAUACCACCCCAAUUGUUAAAUCUAUGUUCUGUGUUUUUAAUAAUCAUUGUGUUAUAAGCAUUGAUGAAAUAAAAAAAAUGCAAAAAUGCUGUAUCCGUAAUUUCAGAAUUGAAACAUAUUUCUACAAAAUAUGGCUACGUAUGUAAAUAAAUAUGAACAUUUUCGUCUAAUGGAAUUUUUUCAUUGACAGGAAUGUUCUUUUAAACAAAAUUCCAGUCUCGUUGGAAAGUCCUGUCCCUGAUUAGCCGUUUCAGCUUGAACAGGCUAAUCUGGAAUGAUACCUUACACUCAUGAAUUACAGUGAUUUUUUUCGCUUUAUAUUUUUCAGCCUGUGCCUUUUGGAUUUGGAAAAAGCGUGAUAGUCCAUGCAAUUGGAAAAAAUUAAACAUUAUAAAUAUGAUUAUAAAUUACAGUUUACUAAUUAUUUAUAAAAGCAUGUUUUCUAAAAUUUAUAUUAUAAAGUGCUAGGGAAUUAAAGUGCUGUAUAUUAAACUCAAUAAACCAAUGCAUAUUAAUCUCAAUAAACCAAUUAUUGAGUUUAUUGGAAAUGUUUUGCAUAUUUUUGAGGAAAAUUUUGUCACAUUUUGGGGGGAAAAUGCUACUUUUUGGCUUUGGGAAACAGCCUUUUUCUACAUUUAGCAAUUGGGAAACAGCCUGUAAGAGGCAGUAAUUAUAGGCAAAAAAAUCACUGAGCCCAGGUUUCCCAGAGAACGGCACUAUUAUGAAUUCCUUCAAGCCUGGUUAGAUCCUCAUUUCAAUUAUUGAACAUUUUGCGGUGAAAGUUAUGCUUCUGAAAAUGGAGAGUAUAUAGCUUGUUCUAUUGUGUAUAGAAAUCUCAGAUAUUUGAUUGUGACAGAUUUGUUGGGGAAAUAUUAUUAAAUUUCAAUAUUCUGAUAAUUCUGUCAGAGAAUCAUUUACAUAGAUUGAAUUUGUCAUCAUUGAUUAUUGAAGUACGAAACUGGAAUUUAUGUUUGUUGAAAGUCGAUAAUUAAUAUUGCUCCAAAAGCCAGGCUUAUGAAGGAUAACACUGUCUGCUUUUAUGGAAUUGUUCGUUGAAAAAAACUCUGUUCUGUUUGGAAAUUUGGUCCACAUGCUAGUCCUUGAGGGUGCUUUACAUGCAUGUAAUAAGCCCAGAUUUUCCUGAGCACUGCUCAAAUGAAUAUGCAUGCUGCAUUGAUAGGUGUGAAAUAAAUAUGCAUGCUGCAUUGAUAGGUGUGAAAUGAAUAUGCAUGCUGCAUUGAUAGGUGUGAAAUAAUAUUUAGAGCAAAUAGAUUUAUGACUACCAUUAUGUAUGAUCUGAACACUCAGUGGUUAUAUUUAAUAAAUUACUUAUUAUUUUAAUCAUUCUCUACAGUUGCAGAAAGCGUUUUGCCAUUUCAUUCCUAAUUAUCAAGCUGUGUCACUAUGAUCUGCUUUGUUCACGGCUGUUCAGUUCGUUAAAUUGUACAGUGUGAUUCACGCCAGUUUGAAUAAUUAAUACUUUAUGAUUGUUUGUCAAUUUCUGUGAUAUAUGUUUAUCCAUAUCUGCUGUGUAUGAUGCCAGGCAAUCAGUGGAUGUUAAUUAUGUGAUUUGAAGCUUUUAUCCGUCUCUAGUCUGAUGUAUAUUUUGCCAGAUAGCUAGUGUUUAUUUGAGUUAUCUAAAUA